AUGCAGUACACCAGACUCGGCGAGUCCGGCCUCAAGACAUCCCGCAUUGUCUUCGGUGGCAUGAGCUUUGGCGACAAGAACUGGCAGCAAUGGAUUCGGCCCGAAGAGGAGGGUCUGCCCGUUCUCAAAUACGCCUUCGACCGCGGCAUCAACACGUGGGACGUUGCUGACACGUACUCCAACGGCGAGUCGGAGAGGAUCAUCGGAAAGGCCAUCAAGAAGUACGAAAUCCCCCGAUCAAAGCUUGUCAUCAUGACCAAGUGCUACAUGUAUGUCGACGAGGCUGGUGGCGCGGUCAACCCCGCUCGCUCCAUCACCAACGACGGCGACAUUGUCAACCUUGUCGGACUCUCAAGGAAGCACAUCUUCGAUGCCGUCGACAAGAGCAUUGAGAGGCUCGGGACCUACAUCGAUGUUCUCCAAAUUCACCGCCUCGAUCGCGACGUCGAGCCGGAAGAGAUCAUGAAGGCGUUGAAUGACGUGGUUGAGAGUGGAAAGGUUAGGUACAUUGGUGCCAGUACCAUGGCCACCUGGGAGUUCCAAAGACUUCAGAAUGUUGCCGAAAAGCACGGAUGGCACAAGUUCAUCUCCAUGCAGGGCUUGUACAACCUCCUCACCCGCGAGGAUGAGCGCGAAAUGAUUCGCUUCUGCAAGGCAACCGGCGUUGGCCUCAUGCCGUGGUCGCCUCUGAGCGCGGGUAUGCUCACUCACGCGUGGACAGACCGAUCUGACUCUCGUGAGAAGUCAGACGUCUUCCUCAAGGCACUGUUCCGCGGUCGCGAGGAGGCGGCCGAUGAGGCCAUUGUUGGACGUGUGGAAGAGCUUUCUAAGAAGAAAGGCAUCAGCAUGGCACAGAUUGCGAUUGCAUGGGUUCUGAGUAAGGGAACAUCUCCCAUCUGUGGUCUGGAAAGCAAGGAGCGGAUUGACCAGGCCAAUGAGGCACUGACGGUUGAAUUGAGCGAGGAUGAGAUCAAGUUUUUGGAAGAACCCUAUUUGCCGAAGCCUGCCUUCUUUGCGUAA